AUUAGGACGUCUUUCCCCCUCUUCUCUCGAGCUUCUCACCUCCCUCAUUCAACCCCAAAAUUAACUAUCCCUGCAACCAGGAUAGGCUGGCCAUAAGCGACAACAAGAUGGCAGUAACCACGGACCCCGAGUUCACCAAGAACGAUCUCCACGUCUCAGCGUCUAACUCAUCCUCCAAAGAUGUGCCACCCGCUGUACUCGAGGGCCAUGUCGAGCACCUCCCUACCUAUGAGCACGAAAGAGCACUAGUUCUGAAGUUCGACUUUCGCAUCCUACCUAUGCUUGCCCUGAUGUAUCUGUGCAAUGCACUCGAUAAGGGAAACUUGGGAAAUGCAAAAACCAAUGGGAUGGACAAAGACCUACAUUUCAAGAGUAACCAGUACAACCUGAUCCUGUCGAUAUUUUACGUGCCAUAUGUCAUCUUUGCACCGCCGGUGGGCAUGUUGGGAAAGAAGUAUGGACCGCACAGGGUGUUACCUAUUAUGAUGUUUUCAUUUGGGAGUGCUACGCUAUUGAGUGCGUGCGUGAAGAACUUUGCAGGGAUGAUGACGUUAAGGUGGUUCCUUGGAAUGGCGGAAUCUGCCUUCUUUCCACUUGUCAUCUACUACCUGACUACCUUCUACCGAAGGGGCGAACUUGCCAGACGUCUUGCUCUCUUUUACGCCGCUUCGAAUAUUGCCAACGCCUUCUCUGGAUUGCUGGCCUUUGGCGUCUUCCAUAUCAAAUCGAAUCUCAAGCCAUGGCGAUAUCUCUUCAUCAUCGAAGGUUCUGCCACCAUCCUCUUCUCUUUCAUCGCCUAUCUGUAUCUGCCCAAAUCAGCGUACGAGGCUAAAUUCCUGAGCGAAGACGAAAAGCAGCUCGCCUACAGGCGUAUCCAGAUUGAUAGUUCCUCGACCGUGGGGGAGAAAUUCAAUUUGAAAGACGCACUUAAGAUUUUCAAGAUGCCCGUUGCUUACGGUUUCCUUGCAAUCGAAGUGUGCCUCGGUGUCCCCCUUCAAUCUGUCUCACUCUUUCUCCCGCAGAUUGUCCAACGUCUUGGGUAUAACCCUAUCAAGACUAAUCUGUACACAGUUGCCCCGAAUAUCGUUGGUGCUUGCGUACUCUUGAUCCUGGCUUUCACAAGCGACUACACAAGACUACGAUUUCCAUUCAUUGCCUUGGGAUUCAUCCUGACAUUCAUUGGCUUCUUAAUCUACGCUACCAUUGAUGUCGAGCACUCCAUCCACGUAGCAUACUACGCCUGCUUCAUGAUGACCUGGGGUACUUCUGCACCAUCGGUGCUUCUCUCCACUUGGUACAAUAACAACGUCGCGCACGAAGGACGACGUGUCACCCUAACCUCUAUUGGCGUACCUCUUGCCAACCUCAUGGGCGUAGUCAGCAGUAAUAUUUUCAGGCCGCAGGAUGCACCAAAGUAUAUUCCGGCGUUGGCGACGACAGCGGCGUUUGGGGCGACAGGGUGUUUGUUUGCGUUACUAUUGGGCACCUAUAUGGUGUUUGAUAAUGCGAGAAGGAACAGGAAGCAAGGGGCGAAUCUAACUGCGAGGGAUGUGAGUACGGAGAAGUUAAGGGAUGGACCGAAGAACCCAGAUUUCCGGUGGUUCUUCACCAAGGUUGACACAACAUCGUCAGCAGCCCCGGAGCUGCCUGUUGUCCAUAUAUCACCACUUCGCCUCUCAUCCUCCUUCAAUCUCCCAUCUCAAGUAUUUCGGUGUCUUGAAGUGGUACCCUGCUUUGUUCCUCUUAUCGCAUUCCGACUUACCCGAUCGGAGCCGAAUAAGACCAUUCGUUCUUCAUCCUCUAUCAUGGCAGUCAAAGCAGUCGUACCGUUCCUCGUCGCCAUGAUGUUGGUGACGGGAGUAUGUAAUACGUUGCUCACCAAAUUCCAAGACAUGCAGUGCGUUCGCGACUGUGACUCCCCCGCCCCUGGGUAUCGCAAACACUUCGAACAACCCGUUGUCCAGACGCUUCAAAUGUUUAUCGGCGAAAUGGGCUGCUGGCUCGUUAUCGGCGGCUUUAACCUCUAUCAACGAUAUGUCUCUCGAAAGGCCGGAUAUGAGGCGCUUCCCACAAGCAAUGGCGAAGAUGCUGGCAUUAGUACGCCCGCAGAGUCAGAGGAAUCCGAGACUGGAGAAGUCGCAAACCCCCUGAAGCCUGCCCAUGCAUACGAUGACAGCCGAAUUCCAUUGACGGGAUGGACUAUAACCCUCCUUGCGUUACCUGCGUGCUGUGAUAUUGCUGGAACAACGCUCAUGAAUGUGGGGCUUCUGUUCGUGGCAGCAAGUAUUUACCAGAUGACGAGAGGGGCGCUAGUACUCUUCGUUGGAUUAUUUAGCGUUUGGUUCUUGAGGAGGAGGCUAGGCCUGUACAAAUGGUUCUCUCUCUUCGUGGUGGUUUUCGGAGUUGCCAUUGUGGGCUUGGCUGGGGCUAUUGCGAAGGAUCACAAGGCGAGACCGUCAAGCCUAGAACCACAUGCGAGUGUUGCACCGUCAGCGGCUGUGCAGACCAUCAUCGGCGUUCUCCUGAUCGCCGGAGCGCAGAUCUUCACGGCUACGCAGUUCGUGCUGGAGGAGCGCAUCAUGGAGAAGUAUGAUAUGGAGCCGAUCAAGGUCGUAGGCUGGGAAGGAACCUUUGGCUUCUUGGUCACCGUCAUUGCCAUGGUCACCCUCCACUUCGCGAUCGGAACAGGAUAUUUCGAUGCGAAGGAAGGCCUCUGGGAGGUGUUCCACAAUCGUUCGAUUGCCGUCAGUAGUCUUCUAAUUAUGAUCAGCAUUGGUGGCUUCAACUUCUUCGGCCUCUCUGUCACUCGGACCGUUAGUGCGACCUCUCGAUCCACCAUUGACACGUGCCGAACGCUCUUCAUCUGGAUUGUCUCUCUUGGUCUUGGCUGGGAGACGUUUAAGUGGUUGCAAGUCCUCGGGUUUGCUCUGCUUGUGUACGGUACGUUCCUCUUCAAUGACUUAGUUCGGCCGCCUCUCAAGAGGUGCGUCGAGCGCAGACCUCAGGAGCUCCUUCCUGAAGACCCUAUUGAGCACAUGUAAGAUUAUCAUGUAGUAUCUAUCCGUCGCUUCAACAGUAAUGGUAUGUAGCAUCUAGUGACUGGAGAAGGUGUCUGGUGUCUUUACUAUCUUGUUCUGCAUCUCUAGAUCUGUAUAUAGGCCUUAGCAGCGCACCUGGAGGAUCGCAAUAUCAGGUAUCACCAAAAUGUGAUAGCGAAACACUCCUUCCCGCUCAUUGUUCACGAUUUCAAAUUACGAGCGGCAUGGGAGUUGAGGACUGACCCUAGUCUAUU